AUGGAUGGCCAAAAUUCUAAACUCCCGGAUGUCUUAAAUGAGAGGGAUGAAUUGCUUGGGAGCAGCUUUGAUAUCGCUAAUCAAUUGGAACAAAAUAUCCGACAACUUGAGCAGGAGAACAAGAGGUUGGACGAAAAGUUGGGAGAAGUAAUCCCCCGAGGUGCUGCAUUAAUGGAAAUCAUUGACGAGUUGAGGGAAGACAAAAAGACAAUUGAAGAAAAGUUGAAAAAUCUCGUCAAAGAGAAGACGAAGCUUCUUCUUGACAUUAAGGGUAAAAAAGAUCGUAACAAAGCGCUUCUUGCCAAAGCUGCUGAUAGAGAUAGAGAGAAUGAGAAACUCCUAUCCGACGCCAAGGAAAAAGACGAAGCGAUCGCGAAACUUAACGUUGACCUUGACGAGGUAAAGGAUCGCCUUUCCAGUUUCACGUCUUAUGACAUAGAAACUACACCCAAGGAAUUAAGUGACCAAUAUUCGGGUCUGGUUGCUAAUGUUAAAGAUAUUAUCGAGAGCCGGAUCGCUCAGUUGAACGAGUCCCUAGACCUCCGAGACGAGUCUAUUUUUUGGGCCUCCAUGAAUAAGCAGCACAUGAGGGCAUUUAAAGAUUACUUAAUGGAAUGCAAAGAUCUCUACGACACAGCAUAUAGUUUGUCCAACACUGAGAUCAGUUCAGAAAUCAUUAUUUCAUGUAUUCUCAGAUUCAUCAGUGAUGCAUUUGCAGGUGGAUUCUCUAUCAUUCAUCCUAAAUACGCCAAAAUGGUAGAAACUGUGGGCAAUACUUUGAAGAAUCAUCCUACAGGGCAAAGCGCUGAUGAAUUUGCCGCAAAUAGCUGGAAGCGACAAACCAUGCAUGCUUUGCUAGAGCAACCCGAUGUUAAAGAGGCACAGCUUAAGCAUAGGAAUUGGCUUUUAGAGCGCUUGUCACGUAUGCUGAGGUUCAUUAUCCAAGAUCGCGAUCAGAAUGUCUUUUUGAAUCAGAUCUCGACCAGGAUAAUCGAUCCAGCUUUGAAACUUCAACACGGAUUUUUUACUUCGAUUCAUAACUACUCCUUGGAAGUAAAUACACUUCGCCCAGGACGUUAUUUUAAAGGUGACAUUCAGCGGUUGGACGAUUUUGACUGCGUGAAUGGCCUUGACGAAUUCCGCAAAUUUAACGUUGAUGAAGUGGAAGACAAAGAAAAACUUGGCGGGGAGCUUUACAUUGCAUGUUCACUAAUACCGGCUCUGAUGGUUACGAAUUGCCUUCGUACAGGGGACACGAAAGGAGCACGUCUCGUUGUGAAUAAGGAGCAACUGUUGGUGUUUUGGAAAAAGGGCGAAGCAGGCAAAAUGUCAAUGUUCUACCUGGAUCAAGAUUUAUCGCCCUGGCUUCUGUUAGUCAUGGACUCAUAA